CCGGUGUAGCAAGACUAGCGAGAGAAAGGGAAGCGGGUCAAGGGUAAACGUACGCGGUUUUAAUGCAUUAGCUAGCUAGUUGGUGGGUUUUUUGGUUUUAGUUUAUUAGUUAGCUACUUGUUGUAAACAUGCAGGACAAAGAGAACCGUGAUCCCAAACGCCUUCUCGCACAGGGUGCAGUGGGAGGACCCCUCAGAGCAGAGACGGACCCUGGGACAGAGAGGCACUCCGUCAUGGGCCCUGGCAGGGUCCCAGUGAAGACGCAGAACUGCAGGAAGUUCUCCCUUAAGGACUUUGACAUCGGCCGACCCCUGGGAAAGGGCAAGUUUGGGAAUGUGUACCUCGCACGGGAGAAGAGGAUCAAGGCCAUUGUGGCGUUGAAGGUGCUCUUCAAGUCCCAGAUGGAGAAGGAGGGAGUGGAGCACCAGCUCAGGAGGGAGAUAGAAAUCCAGUCCCACCUCAGGCACCCAAACAUCCUGCGCUUCUAUAACUACUUCUACGACUCUGCGCGAGUGUUCCUGGUCCUGGAGUAUGCACCGCGAGGAGAGAUGUACAAGGAACUGCAGCGCUGCGGCCGCUUCAAUGACCAGCGCACGGCCACGUACAUGGAGGAGGUUGCAGAUGCACUGCAGUAUUGCCAUGAGAAAAAGGUGAUCCAUCGGGACAUUAAGCCAGAGAAUCUGUUACUGGGUUUCCGAGGAGAGCUCAAGAUUGCGGACUUCGGCUGGUCGGUCCAUGCGCCAUCACUACGGCGUCGGACCAUGUGUGGCACACUUGACUACCUUCCUCCUGAAAUGAUCGAGGGCCACUCUCACGAUGAGAAGGUCGACCUCUGGUGCAUUGGUGUACUGUGCUACGAGUGCCUGGUUGGACAUCCUCCUUUUGAGACCGCCAGCCACUCAGAAACGUACAAACGCAUCACCAAGGUGGAUCUGCAGUUUCCUAAAGUGGUCUCGGACGGUGCUCGGGAUCUGAUCUCCAAGCUGUUGAGACACAGCCCUGUCAUGCGUCUGCCACUGAAGAGCGUCAUGGAGCACCCCUGGGUGAAGACCAAUUCUCGCCGAGUACUGCCCCCUGUCUGCCGGCCUAAACCCUCCCCUGCUCAGUGAAGCCCCUCCCCCUCACACAUGCUGGCUGGCCUGCUCAUAUCCCUCUUUACUACUGGUGCACUACAGCACUGGAGUGCAGCCCUUUAUAAAACACAAGAUCCUUCUCACAGCACUGUACAGUCCUUUUUAUAUACAUUCCCCCCCCCCCCUUUUUUUGGGGGGGUGUGUGUGUGUCUUGUUUCUUCCUGUGAUCUUUUAGUGUUAAAACCGACAAUGCUCUGGACAAUUACAUUACAUAUUUUAGUGUUCAUUUUCAUAUUUACAUGAUAUCUUUUAAUAAAUAUCUAGCAAAGUUUGGUGCA